CCUGCUGGUUCAUUAAGGUAUGUUUGCAGACACUUGAUGCAGUUGAGUGAGUGUCGUGUACGUGUGUGUCCGCGCGCGCUCUUGACUAUUGAAGCUGGUGGGUGGUGUACCUGUGAAUCGAUCUGCUCCUUGGUCGAACAGACCUGGUGGCUUGUAUCGUUGGUUUGUCAAGUGGGUUGGGUCUAGGGAUAACGCAGAGACUCUAAGUUUUUGGAGCUCAUCGUGAUGCCCGUCACGGCGUUCAAGAUGGCGAUCCCGAGGUCGUUUGUGUUGAUGGUGCUCCUUGGGUUGGUUAUUGGCAUCGGGACAUUGGUUAGGGCAGAUGAGCUCAUGCCUCCUUCUUAUGAGUAUGGCAACGAAAUUAUGGCACUGAAAUCCAAGCUCUCUCUUCUCGAGGAAGGAUUGAAGACCAAGGAAGUGAGUUUAUCGGAAAAGGAGUCGAAGAUCAGCGUUUUGGAGCAGGAGUUGGAGGCACUGCGAACGCAUAAAGGCGAAUCCCAGGAUGCUGCUCUUGCACAACUGCAGAUAGAGUCAGCUGAGGCGAAGGUGCGUGAAUUGGAGGACCAGGUUCAAGCUCUUCAGGAGGAGUCUCGCAAGCUCAGAGAGGAGGCAGAGGCACAUGCCGGGGCGGCGAAGUCUCACGAAGAGACUGCAAACUUGCACCUGACUGAGAAGGAGAAGACCAUCAAGGCUUUGGAAGACCAGAAGAUUCGUCUCCAGAAAGCUGAACGCGGUCUUCAGAUCGCUGAGGCUGCCAUGUUGAAGGCCAAAGCUGAAGCAGAGGAGAAAGCCAAGCGACUUGAUGAGGUUCAUCAGGCAUGGUUACCCCCAUGGGCUGCUACGCACGCCGAGCUUCUCCAGAAAACUGCCUCUUCUCGUUGGUCUACUCACGCAGAGCCUGUGGUGAAGAACCUUCAGAAAUCGGCGUCCACCAACCACGCCAAGUACGUCAAGCCCCAUUUUGACACUAUCCAGGCCAAGGUGAACCCCCUCAUUAGAGAGAAAUGGCAGAAGCUCACUGAGGCUGUCGCUCCUCACCUCGAAACUGUGAAGAACAUGGGCGUUAAAUCUCGCGAGUAUAUUGCUCCGCAUGUGGAGACCGUCCAGAAGACCGUGAGUCCCUAUGCCGAGGCUGCCAAGGAGAAGAGCAAGCCCUAUGUCGACAAGGCAUCGACGUUUGCUGCUCCUCAUUUGGAGAGAUUAAACACCCUGGCAGGUCCUCACUACCGCCGCGCCGUUACUACCGCCUACAACUACCACGAAGGAGUGCAGAGCUACUUGAAGGAGUCUUUGGGGAAGUAUGAGUUUCUGUCUCAUCUAUUGACCAAGGAGUCUAUAUGGUUUCUGGCUGCCGCAGUUUUUGCUCUUCCCAUCAUGUUGAUUUUCAUGCUCUUCCGAAGGUUGUUCAGCUCCCAGCCGGUCGUGCCAUCAAAAAGGCACCGCAGCACUCAAAGUGGCACCUCUUCCACUAUCAAGAAGACCCGGAGGCCUAAGCAAACAGACAGGAUGGUUGAGAAGUAAACACUCCUUUGCACCUCGAAUAUCCAUGUUGUGUUUAUGUACACACGUGCUUUCAGUCCGUCACUCGCUGCCCGUUCGCCAUCGUCUUUGGCAUCCGAAACUAGACAAUCGAAGACAGGGAGCUAGUCGAAGCUGAGAAUGUCACUGGAGCAGAGACGCACCAGAUUAAGGAAUCUGGAAAUGGACAACUUCGUUACAUCCCUGCUGCACUUUGACAAAAACGUAAGGAGACUCUGAAGAUACCAACUUCGACUGUUUGGUUGUAUUCCUGUUUCUAAUGGAGGCUCUAUUUGCAAAUAUUUGAAGGUCGUAUUCCUUUGGCUACAGGGAAGAGAGUACUGUUAGCAUCUAGUUUUGUAGGGGUUCAGUGGACACUCACAGAAUCACACUAGGUUAUUGUUCCAGAUAUUCCAUAGACGCCUGUUUUGUUGUAAAUCCUGGAAUAGAUACUUGUUUGGUGUAGAAUUACAGCUGACUGCAAUUGAGAGUAGCUCUUUUGUUGCUGUUUCUUUUUCCUUUGAAAAUAAUUUUAAUUUGUCACCUAUGUAACCACAAGUUGUAAAGAGAUGAUAUUCAAUGAAGUUGCUUGUCAUAUUUCCUGGUUAA